AAUCCGCACCUAAACCUCACGACUUCACGAGCAGCAGCGAGAGGAGGAGGGAGCAAUCAAUCCAUCGGCGGCAAUGGAGAACGGCGGCGGCGACGUCCCGGAGAACGCCAACGACCAUUGCCCGGGGACGCAGUCGGAGGCGGCGGGGAAGGCGGACGCGUGCGCCGGGUGCCCCAACCAGCAGAUCUGCGCCACCGCGCCCAAGGGCCCCGAUCCCGCAUGUGAUGCUUUGCUCCGCGGCGUGUCGCUUCGAUGCUUGGUUUAGUUUGGUUUUACUGCAAUCGAGUGUGAAUUUAGUGGAGCAUACAGCCUAUGCUUGUAUGAGCAUCCUUUUGCAGAGCCUCGUGUCAGUUGUGUGCAGGAAAUUUCAGAGUUUGGUAGUCGGUAGCUCAUCUAUAGCAAAGUCGCAUGCUUCCAGCAUGUAUAAGUUUCUGUAGUAUAACUGGCUGUGGCAUUGAUGAAUUUGAAGAAGUUUAGAUUGUGUGAGCUAUGAAAAGAAAAAAAAAACAGUCCGGUGUGAAGUAUGCAAAGAACAUGAGCUCUCCGACAAAUUCCUAUUUGUUGGCCCAUCAAAGUUGGUUCCUUUAUUUCUGAAGAUUAUGAACUGUUGCAACCAUGGAUGUAUAUUGGAACAUCUGCAUUCCAAGUCAAUUUGAUCAAUGGAUAGAAGUUCUCUAGUUCUUAAAUGAUCAAGUGCUUAGAAGAACUUAUAAUCGCACUUAAGAUUUUCCAUAUAUCUACAUGUUAAGUGAACCACUGUUUAUGAACCUUAAUGAAUGAUGCUGUAUGAACUUUCAGGCGCCAUUACACGUAAGCAACUGUAUUUUUAAUUGUAAAUGUUUUUAUCCAAGUGAAUGUCCUACCAUAUGUACUAUCCCUGUCCCAAGUUAUUGUGAAUUUGCUAUGCCUAUCCAUAUAGUAUUUGUUCUUUGCGAAACAAUCUUACAAGUGGACAUUUUAUUUCCAGAUCUGCUUGCCAUCAUUGAGCGAAUGAAUACCGUGAAACACAAGAUUCUGGUACUGUCUGGGAAGGGUGGUGUCGGGAAGAGUACAUUUUCAGCCCAGCUCUCUUUUGCCCUUGCUGAGAUGGACCAUCAAGUUGGCCUUCUCGACAUAGACAUUUGUGGUCCUAGCAUCCCAAAAAUGUUAGGCCUUGAAGGCCAAGAUAUUCAUCAAAGCAAUCUUGGCUGGUCGCCGGUGUAUGUUGAGUCCAACCUAGGUGUCAUGUCAAUUGGCUUCAUGCUGCCCAACCCAGAUGAUGCUGUUAUAUGGAGAGGUCCUCGCAAGAACGGACUCAUCAAACAGUUCUUGAAGGAUGUCGAUUGGGGGGAGAUCGACUAUCUUGUGGUGGAUGCACCUCCAGGAACAUCUGAUGAACAUAUUUCAAUUGUACAGUACCUCCAGAUCGCAGGAAUUGAUGGGGCAAUCAUUGUGACCACUCCGCAGCAAGUUUCUCUGAUCGACGUGAAGAAGGAGAUAAACUUUUGCAAGAAGGUUGGCGUUCCUGUCUUGGGAGUUGUCGAGAACAUGAGUGGCUUGAGGCAGGCAUUUUCAGACAUGAAAUUUGUGAAGCCAAGUGAGGCGGGAGAAACAGAUGCCACCGAGUGGGCGCUGAACUACAUCAAGGAGAAAGCCCCAGAGCUUUUAUCUGUUGUCGCAUGCAGUGAGGUGUUUGAUAGCAGUAAGGGUGGUGCUGAGAAGAUGUGCCAGGAAAUGGAGGUCCCUUUUCUUGGCAAGGUUCCCAUGGAUCCCCAGCUCUGCAAGGCGGCAGAGGAAGGAAGAUCAUGCUUCACUGAUCAGAAAUGCAGUGCUAGUGCUCCAGCUCUUAAAAGCAUAAUCAAGAAGCUGGUCAAGACGAAGUGAGAAGGUGGUGUGACUCAUGACCGUGAAGUUACGCCAGUAGUUUCUGCCGUAUGGAGUGCUAUUACUUGCUGAGUGUGUGUGUGUGUGUAAUGCGAUCCUAACUUUGCCUAGAGUUUUUCUUGCCGCAUGCAAAGUUGGCAGAUAUUCGCGCUGCAGCUGUUGCAGUGGUAAACAAUUCAGCACAUCUAGAAGCACAUCCCUUCAGUUUAUGGUUCA